AGAUUCGUCGUGCACUCGUGCGCUUGGCCACCGUCUCACCGAGCCGCCAACCCCAGAGGGGAACCCGGCUCAGCCGCUCAUCCCGGCUCCGGUCGCCGGUCGGAGACCAGCCGUCGCCUUCCGCCGUCACGCCGUUCACCCAAGCCGUCGAGCGCCUCCGCCCCGCCUCCGCCCCGCCCACCAUAAAAGCUUCACCCUCGGCCCCCGCUCUCCCUCCUCCGACCACCCGGCACCCGCGCCGGCGAGCCGCGCGCGAUGGGCGUCCCGUCGAUCGACUGGGAGGCGGAGAGCUACCCCGCGCACGCCGACUUCGCGGUCCUCCCCUGCUUCGUCGCCUUCUUCCUCGCCGUCCGCUUCCUCCUCGACCGCUUCGUCUUCGAGAGGCUAGGCAAGCGUAUGAUUUUUGGGAAGGGCGAUGCGGAAAAGCUUGAUUCUGAGACAUAUGCAGGGAAGAUCAAAAUCAGAAAAUUCAAGGAAUCGGCUUGGAAAGGCGUUUAUUUCCUAUCCGCGGAAUUACUGGCAUUGAGUGUGACGUACAACGAGCCAUGGUUCACGAACACAAUGAACUUCUGGGUUGGACCGGGAGAUCAGAUCUGGCCAGAUCAAAGAAUGAAGUUUAAACUAAAGGCGGUUUACAUGUAUGGUGCCGGCUUUUAUAUGUACUCAAUAAUCGCCCUUCUGUUUUGGGAAACAAGGCGUUCAGACUUUGGUCUUUCGAUGACUCAUCACGUAGCAUCUGUUUUUCUCAUUGUAAUGUCUUACAUAUUCAGAUUUGCACGCGUGGGUUCAGUUGUCCUUGCCAUUCAUGAUGCAAGUGAUGUGUUCCUGGAGGUGGGAAAAAUUUCCAAGUACAGUGGCCGCCAGGUGGUUGCUGAUGUAUCAUUUCUUCUUUUCGUCAUUUCUUGGGUAAUCCUUCGCCUGAUAUAUUUUCCAUUCUGGGUUCUCCGGAGCACAAGUUAUGAAGUUAUUCUGGUUUUGGACAAGGAGGAGCAUAAAUUUGAUGGGCCCAUAUACUACUAUGUUUUCAACUGCCUUCUCUUCUCCCUCCUUGUUCUGCACAUAUAUUGGUGGGUUUUAAUGUGUCGAAUGCUUAUGAGGCAAGUUCAGUCUAGAGGGCAUGUUGGGGAUGACAUCAGAUCUGAUUCGGAAUCUGAAGAGGAACAUGAUGAUUAAUAUUUUUCAAGAACAUAACUGAGGAUUGAUCGAACCAAGUAGAUUCUGAAGAUCAAGAGGAACAUGAUGAUUAUCUGAACUGUUUCUGUUUUAUCUGCUUCCUUAUGUCAUAGAUCUGAUAUAUUAGCAUGCUGUGCCAUGUGUCUGAAUCAUUGAUCUGUCAUGCUUGUCCUUCUCCGGGUAAAAUUCACAGAUAGAUGUCAUGAGAGCAUUUUGCAUUUGUGUAAACUUAGGGCAAACUGUAUACUAUCCUUAUUAAAAAAAUGUGUAUAGUAUUACAUUGAUACAAUAUGUGACAGAAAGCACGACCUGUGUACACCGGCGGACCGUGGCUGCCACUCAAGGAGGGGCCGUUUGGGGUAGACUGGGCCGAACUGAGCCACUGGGCCAAUAAUAGUUCACAAAUUAAUAUUUUAAUGGUCCUGAUGGCUAAAAAAACCUUGCUAAUAUUGUUUUUCAGUUUGGAAAGACCGGGCCAUGGCCUGGUUUGGUGCCCAAGAGGGUCUGCUUGUGUACAUAUCUGCCUGUAUCCCCAUUCAAACUUCAAAUAUAUGCAAUGUUUCUAAUCAGUUUACUUGA